AUGGCCGAGCACGUUCUCACCACGUUCGACCAAAUCGUUAACUGGGCCCGCCAAGGAUCCCUGUGGCCUCUCAGCUUUGGCCUUGCCUGCUGUGCGAUUGAGAUGAUGCACAUGUCCAUGCCGCGCUACGAUCAAGAUCGACUGGGGAUCAUCUUCCGGGCCUCGCCGCGGCAGUCGGACGUGAUGAUCGUGGCCGGCACGGUGACCAACAAAAUGGCUCCGGCCCUACGGCAAUGCUAUGACCAGAUGCCGGAACCCAGAUGGGUGAUCAGUAUGGGCAGUUGUGCCAAUGGCGGCGGAUAUUACCACUACAGCUACAGCAUUGUACGCGGGGUCGAUCGGAUCGUGCCGGUCGACGUGUAUAUUCCCGGCUGUCCCCCGACCGCGGAGGCGACUCUGUACGGGGUCUUUCAGCUGCAGAAGAAGAUGCGGAGGACGAAGAUCACGCGGAUGUGGUAUCGACGAUGA